AAUCAUGAAGCCAUGCACUGACCUGUGUCAGCUUUGUCAGAAUUUCUCUCAUCAACUGUCGACAGUUUCUAAUAUGAAUGAUGAGGAAAAGGAAGAAAUCCUUUCUACUUACACGCAGCACGUUUCCCAAGCUAAACAGCAAAGAGACUACUACAGACACCAGUGUACCACCAGCAAGGAAGUGUUCAUUUGCUUACCAGAGGAAUGUAAACAAACUGGAAAUGCUCCAUGUACAGUUGAUGUGCAAAUGCACUAUUCCUGGGACUAUGCACAACAAGUGCAUUUUCCACAUCAUGCCCAACAAGUGGGACCAAUAUUUUUUAAGACGCCUCGGAAAUGCAAUGUGUUUGGUAUAUGUUGUGAGGGUUCAGGAAAACAAGUGUUCUACUUGAUUGAUGAGGCUGAGAACACAGGGAAGGGUGCUAAUUCUGUCAUUAGUAUGGUUCACCACUUUUUUCAAUACCAUGGAUAUGGAGAAAAAACAGCAUCCAUUCAUUUCGACAACUGCAGUGGGCAAAACAAAAACAACUUUGUCUUAUGGUAUGCUCUAUGGAGAGUUCUUGUAGGACUCCAUGUUAUUGUGGAAUAUUCUAUGAUGGUGGCAGGACACACUAAAUUCGAUCCUGACUGGCAUUUUGGAGUCUGGAAAGUAAAAUGGCGUUCAUCUACAGCAGAAACCAUGAAUGAUAUAGCAGACACAGUCCGUCAUUCAUCCCGCAGAGGCCAUAACAUUCCUCAGCUCGUGUCAGAUCCACAAACACCUGUGCAGUUUAGGGACUGGAAGUCGUACCUUGAACAGUUCUUCAAACCCUUGAAAAACAUUAGAGGCUAUCAUCAUUUCCGAGUAAGUGCUGAGACUCCUGGUGUUGUUGAAUGUAAGGAGCUCUGUAAUUCUGUUCCUUUGUGUGUCAAUCUCCUGAAAGAUCAGAAUAUCCUUCCCUCCGUAAAUGAUCCUCUGCCUCAAGAAAUCCCAGCACCUGGUCUUGAGCCCAAAAGGCAAUGGUACUUAUAUGAGGAAAUCCGUGAACAUUGUCUAUCACUCUCCGCUAAAGACACAUCCUGUCCAAAACCAGUCGUACCAAAGAAAGAGGUGAAAGUUUAUUCUCCUGAUCAUUCCACAUCACACUUGAGGAAAAGGAAGAAUCUUCUCCUUAGAUGAAGGGGAAUAUUAUUGAGUGUAAGAAAGAUUAGAAGUUAAAUGUAUACAUGUAGUUCCUGUUGUAUUACUCCCAGUAAUGUGUUACAUUGAAGUACUUUUCUGUCCAUUGAAUUUCAUUGCUUUAAAACAUUUGUUGGAAUUGAUACGUUUACGCAACUGUUUACAUAAGCUGUGUCCUAUGAGUAGUGUUACCUCUCAACAGUUAAAAAAAUGUGUAACAGUAUGAAAAUUGUUACUGAUGUUUUCACCUUCUCUGUGACAUUUUCCUUUAAAUGUACUUUUGAUAUAUAUUUCGUACAACCAUGCAAAAAUAUUACAAUUUUAUUAUUUGAAAGCUUUGUCAAAAAUGAUUAACGACAGAUUUUUAAUUUUCAAAAGAUACCAUUUUCACACUGCCCCCCAAAAUUUAAUUGUUAUACUCUUUAUACUGAAUACUGUUGAUAAUGUUAAGAAAGUACAGAUGCAUACAUCUGUAAUAUAAGAGUACAUUUUAUUCAUAAUUUGUAUGUUUGCAAUAUUCAGAGUGUCUGUUUUAAAAAUAGUUACCUGCUAUUCAUAUUUUUGUGAUUUUGCUUACAGCUGUAAAAUAACCUCUGUCAUUCUGUAAUUUAUGUGAUUCCUGGUGUAUUUUGUCAUAACUACCAAUAAUAACUUUUUUUGUUAUUUUGGAAUGUAAUUUCAAAUUGCAUAUUUAUCUUGAUAAUAAUUAUUGUGCA